AUGAACGUUUUGAUCUCUGGCUCUGGGAUCUUGGACGAUGGUGAUGAUGUCGAGAAUUUUAUUGAUGACAAAAUCAGAGAGCUCAACAAACAGGGCAGUGAAGACCCUUUUUACGUAGCAAAUUUAGAUACAGUCUUAGAAAAGCACCAGAGAUGGCAGAGCUGUCUGCCCAGAGUGACACCUUUCUAUGCAGUGAAGUGCAACAACACACCGGCCGUCCUCCAGAUGCUCAGCGCACUGGGAACAGGGUUUGACUGUGCCAGCAAAAGGGAGAUGGAGAUGGUCUUGUCCUCUGGAGUGACACCAGACAGAAUUUUAUACGCACAUACAGCUAAACCAACAUCGCACAUCAGGUACGCCCGGGCUAACGGAGUAGACACCAUGACGUUUGACAGUGAGGAAGAGCUCGUCAAGAUCGCCACCUCUCAUCCUAGUUCAAAACUCUUGCUGCGCAUUGCGGUGGACGACUCCAAAUCAAUGGUAAAGCUCAGUCCAAAGUUUGGAGCAAAAUUGCAGAGUGUGGGCUCCCUGCUGAAGCGAGCUCAGGAGCUGCACUUGGACAUCACUGGAGUCAGCUUCCAUGUUGGCUGUUUGUGCACGGACAGCAUUAUGUACAAGAAGGCCAUAGCAGACGCCCGGCGUGUCUUCGAUCAAGCAGUGAGCCCCUGCAAUCCAUAUGUAUCUUAA